AUGGUGUCGGGCUCGAACGCAGUCAGGGCCCGCGACAAGUAUACUUCCCGGGCAUGUAACGAAUGCCAGCGCCGAAAGAGAAGAUGCAGUGGCGACCCCUCCAAGGUCUGCCGGAAUUGUCGCCAAUGGGCCACUGAAUGUGUCUUCUCAGAAACACGACCACGACGGGGGCCCAACAACUUGAACCUGCAUCUCAACGCCGCAGCUGCAAGAGACAAAGCGACUCCCGAAAGGCUCAGGCCUGGCAACACCGCAAGGCGGGAAGAAAGUACCAACCAUAUUGGCCACCACCGUCAUGAGCUAGAAAGAACGACGACGCAGGCUCAAGACGAGUCGCCCAAGGCUCAGGAGGCAUUCCCAUCCCCAUCCCCAUCGCCGUGCUCCCCCGGGGGAAAUCAUCGUGGUCAAAGUCAAACCCCUCUCAGCACCAUCGACAUCGACACCAACGAGCUGUCGUCUCGGCGGGAAAGCGUGUUUGAGCGCAACACCAACUUCAUGACCGGGACCGCCUUCUUCCAGCAGAUCGACCUCCUCGAUCUGUCGGUGACACGCACACAAGGAACCAGACCCGGAACCACACCCACAAAGGUCGGGGGCGGGCUCGGUGUCGCUUCCAAUGCCAAUUCCCAUUCCCUUUCCAUCUUGGGCCAGACCAGCACCAUGGUGUCCGACAUCUAUCGGGACAUCGACCAGACCGUCGAGCAGGCGCGAGGCGAAGAUGCCAGCAAGAUCCAGCAAGCUCUGGACAUCUUCUUCGCCAACGUGCAGCCGCAUUAUCCGUGCAUGAACGAAGCCCAUCUGCGGGGGCAGUUUUCGGCCUUCAUGGCGCACGACUCGAACCAGCUGAGCAAGAACGGCGCAGUGCAAGUGGCGGCGUUCCUCAGCUUCAUCAUGGCAGUGGUCAGCAUCCUGUCCGACGCCUCGACCCCGACCCCGAACCCGACCUCGACCUCGACUUCCAUCUCGACCCUCAGCCAGGACGAACAGCUGCCCGGCUGGAGGGAAUUUUGCCGCGGCGAGAAGCUCCUGAGUCACGCCAGCUGGCUGGAGAAGGCCAACAUGGUGACGGUGCAGACGCUGGUGGUCAAGACGCUGUACUUCAUGUACGUGGGCCUGCUCAGCUCGGCCUACGACACCAUGGGCACGACGGUGCGCGUGUGCUUCCAGCUGGGCCUGCACAACGAGCCUUCGUGGGGCGAAGACUGCUCGUUCUACGACCGGACAUACCGGCAGCGACUGUUCUGGUCGGUCUUCUGCCUUAACCACAAUGCCGCGCAGACCCGCGGCAUCCCCGACCUUCUUCGCCCGUCGGACUUCAACGUCGGACUGCCCAAGUGCGUCAACGACCGGAUGUUAUACCCACACUGUCCGGCUUCCUUACCGGAGAUGCCUGCCCUAUCCCCGGUGCCCUACCUGCUAGAGACGAUCAAGUUGACCAGUCUGUCGUCGCAGGUGUGGGAGGCCAUGUUCGGUGCGCGCGCCCAGAAGCCCGUCAGCCAGGACUUUAUUGCUGCCAUGGACGACAAGAUCCUUGCAUUGGCGCGAGACAUCCCGUCGUCGCUGCGUUGGCCGCCGCCAAACCCGACAUCGUCGUCGCCGUCGCCGUCGUCAGCCCAACAGAGCUACUAUGGGCCAACGGCGCCGCUCCCGUUCAUCCUCCAACAAGGCUUCAUCCUCCAUUUACGCAUCCUGUACCUGCGAAUGCUGCUGCGGCGGGAGGAGAUGAUCAAUCUCACGUACGGAGAACAGGCGGCACGACUGUGCAUAGAUGUCACCGCCGAAGUCGUGGCGGCCGUCGAGGCCUCGUACCCGUCUCAACGCUCCAAUCGCUGCACACGUCACGCGUAUCUGCACCACCUCACCGGCGCCAUCGUGCCUAUGAUCUGCAUCGUCAUCAGACAAACCAACGGAGAAGACCUGACUCGGCCGGCCACCAAUCUCCUGACCAAGUGCUUGAAGAUCCUCGAGUCGUUCUCUCAGAGGUCAUUCCUGGCCCGGCGGGUUUUACAGCAGCUGCGACGACCUAUCCAAGUGGCGCGAGAUAUCAUCGACUCUCGGGGGCUUAUGAGUACGUGUACGUGGUCUGGUGCAGCGGCGGCGUCAGCGUCAGAGUCAGCAUCAGCGGUAGUGGCAGCGGCAGCGGCAAACACUGCAACUACAACUACAACUACAACAUCAUCGGCUGGUCCAGCCCCCUGCGCGCCCUGGAAUGGUGGCAGCAUAAGCAACGGUAACGGUAACAGUAACAAUCAUGUUGAGUGGGAUCUUUCUCUGCCCAGUAUCUAUCAAGAUCCGUUUCAAGAUGUCUUGUCGAAGCCUCCAGUCUCGGAACCCACUAGCACUGCCACAUGUGGUAUGGCAUUCCUGUUGGAUGAUGCCAGCCUAGAUCUUUGGAAUAGUUUCAACUGGUCGGCAUGA